UUAACAUGUAACUUUUCUAGUUGAUUAACUGCAACCGGUAAACUUCAAGGCAUUUUCGGAACACUUCGUAAAAGUGCACGUGUGUAUUCUUAGGCGCUGAGUGUAUUUAGGUUGAGGUUUUAUUGGCUUUGGGCUGUAACAGAGUAUUAGCGUUUUCUGCUGCUUGAGAAUGCCGUUGGUUUAACUAAGAAAUAGAUAGAAGUUUUACAAUGAAUGUCGGAUUCGUUAUUUUAUUGCUGGCAUUUUCCAAUGCUGAAAGUGCGGAUGCAUCGGAUCUCAGAAGAACGCAAGUUGUUAGUGGUUCCAGCGAUAAAACAAACAAUAUCGCUGAAGUAGCAGAGCACACUCAACGCACGUUUACAGUGGUAGGCAGGCACGACUCACGCCGUUUUGACGCUGGGAUCCCGACUACCCUUGAACAAGCACGAAACCUUAGCGCACGGGAAAGAGAGAACUCUUCAAUUAAUAACCCGUGGUGCGACGAUGGCUGCUUCUGUUACAGCUCGCUAGAGGUACACUGCACCUUUCAGCAGAUCACGACCGUGCCUUCGGUAUUCCCACCCAAUACAAAAAAGAUAAACCUUGCCUAUAACAAGAUUACACGCUUGCCGGACAACAGACUUUCAGUAUACGGAUCUACGCUACGGUUUUUGUUUCUGCAAAGUAACAGAAUACGCUCGGUGCGAGGUGGUGUAUUGGCGGGUCUCGAAAACCUGAGUAUUUUAAGGCUUAGCUGGAACCAACUGAGCGCCGUUCAGAAAAAUUCGUUCCGGGACUUGCGUGCCUUGAAAAGACUGUACUUGGACAACAAUAGACUCUAUUUCAUUCACCCGGAAGCUUUUUUGGGACUGACGAAACUGCGGUCGAUUCAGUUAGAAGGAAACGCGUUGACACGUCUACACCCUGACACCUUUGUCACAGUUCGUUUUGGCCAAUAUUUCAGAUACUCUAACGUGCAAUAUUUGUACUUGUCUAACAACAAAUUCACCGUAUUUCCACGCUCAAUUUUAGCCGGAAUAAACCGGUUAAAACACGUUUACCUGCACGGAAACCCGUGGGAAUGCUCAUGCCAUUUGCCAUGGCUGCAUCAGUGGAUCAGAGAGAGUGGAAAAUAUAGGUGUAAACGAAGUAUCUUUAGUCGCAACCAGCCGGCUAUCUGCGCCACCUGUCAAUCACCGGGGUGGCUACGUCAGCAAGAGAUAUCAAGGGUUCAUUUCUCUAAUAUUACUUGCACGCCGCCGAGUUUGAUUGACAGGCGAGGGGCAAGACACGUACGGACGACAGAUUACAAUGUAGACUCUAGUCUUACGGAAAUCGAAAACGAAGCGCUGUUGUAUAAGCACGGGACGAAAAACAAACUCCGCGGGAGUUUUCGACUCGACAACCGGGUGGGGUCACUCGUUCUUAUGCACUGUAACGCCACAGAGAGACCAGAGGCCUACACCACGCGCAUUGGAUACACAAAUUUUACCUUUGUGGGCCGGCUAAGCGUGCGUAUGAAGUGCUGGAUUGAAUACCCGGAAAGGCAGAGGAAAUUAAACCGAAUAUUGUCUCCGUAUUUAAACUCAGCUCUAAACUUAACUUCGUUUGCAAAGCGUCGGAAAAGAUACAGAACUCAGUACAGACUAUCGAUAAUUGGAGAGCCGCUGACCAAGCUUCCACCCCCCGCGUUUCGGUUAAGAUCGGCUACUUUAGCAAAAGCUUCAAGAAUUCUUCACCAGAAUAAGACGAGAAUGAUUAUUUUUGGCAACCGUUUUCGACCAGAGGAUGGCACUCUGGAAAUGCUGCUUCAAACCAGAGUUGAGUUUCGACCUAGCGCCGUGAACGCUGCCGACCAGGCUUGGACCAUGGUGAUCGACCCUCGGCCUGACUACAUUGCAACACUACUUUUUAAGCCUGGCAAGAUGGCCGUUAUCAAAUGCACUGCAAUGGGAUACCCGAAGCCGACAAUCUCUUGGAUUUUACCCAAUAAGCGCUUAGUCGGCGCGGGAAAACGUUUUCGGCGAUUUAUCGUCACGAUGAAAGGCAAGUUAUUUAUUCGUGGCGUGCGAGUAUCGGAUUCGGGGAUUUACCGCUGUCUAGCUACGUCAAGCAAACGGAUUGGGACAAGCGGUUCGUCAGAUAUUGGGGCAAAGCGGGUACAAGUGGUGCCAGAUGUAUAUGAAGAAAUCGACACACCAAGUGUUCACUUAACGAAAGGAAAAGACGAAAUAUUGAAUUGUGAAACACUGGCGUCCCCUGGAGCUGUAUAUGCAUGGACACUCCCAUCUAAUACCAUAUUAACCGGUGAAAGACAAGACGAUCGUUUCCAAAGCUUCAAAAACGGCACUCUGGUAAUUCGACAUACUUUGUACAACGAUUCAGGACUCUACAGCUGUAUUGCUGCUAAUAGAGCGGGAUAUAUGACAGCAAAUUACAAAGUACAAAUCCAGAACAUGACGGAAAUUAUGACAACCGAAGCUCCUGGUGUUUCAACCGAUUUCAUAUUUACCACAAGGCCACUUCUUUCUACAGAAACUCCAAAUUCAAGUAACGUAACUAUCGCUCAUGACGUAAACAUGGCGUCACACGGUGUCACCACAGGUGGCCUGGAGGAAACAACAGCACCAAAAACGAAUAUUUCAAGUUUAACUACCAAAACUAAUGUUGCUGCAAGCGAUAGUGGGAACGACAGAGAGACAUAUGUGACGUCAACUAUUUCGUCAUCUGCAUCAAUGACGUCAUUACCAACGUCAACAAUCGCUUCAGAGACCACGACGUCACUAUCUUUCCUCUCAACAAUUCCUCUUACGUCUUCAACUACGUCACCGCUGAUGUCAUCCACGACACCACCAAAGACGUCAUCAAAUACGUCAUCACUGACGUCAACAAUUACGUCAACAUUGGCGCCAUCAAUAAAUCCAACGACUACACCAACAACAGUGUUAUCAACUACAUCAUCAGCUACGGUAUCAAAUACGUCAUUAGCUACGUCAUCAAAUACGUCAACAGCUGUACCACCAUCUACCUCCGAAAUUUUCAAAACGAAUUCGACACAUGUGGAAAAUAUUCAAAUAGUCAAUAACACUCAAACUAAACCGCUUAACACCCAAGACACUACACAUGAUACGAUAAACGGUCACCACAGUUUGAAACAUGAAAUGAACACAAGCGAGGCGGGCGAAUAUUUCAACAGAAUUAUUAUUCUAAGACAAAAUCGGGAACACGGUGAAUUUCCGCAGAGCGAUUUGUUGCCUCAAGAGAGAGACGGCUUACAAUUUGAGUAUGGCAGUCGGCGCACUGUGAUUUAUAACUCGGAUACACACAAGACGAGGUAAUAGGCCUAAUUUUAAAAUAUUUCGAACGAUUACAAAACGCGAAAUUGGUUAUUGUCUUAUAAAGAACUUGUUACAUCAAUCACAAUAGCCAUAUGCCAUGGGAUGUGAACAUAUUUAUACAAAAUAAAACGUAGAGACGCUUGCACCAUGUUUAAGCUCUACAGUGGAAAUAUACUUUGUGUAUAAUUGUCCUGUAUUAAGACGACACACAAGUAAAAUACAUUGUGUCGAUGCAUGUGCUUCGUGUGUAAUAACACAUGUA